AUGACUCCAUGUCAAAGGCGAUGGGCUUCGGUUUUAGGUUUCGGAAACCGUCGACCUGCCUUGUCAACACAUGUGCCAAUAGCCGAAUCACCGAGCUACCCGUGCUGGAAUCGGCGGAAAGGGAGCACCACACCCUUGAGUCAACCCCACGGCCCCCGCCUCCUCCGGCCGGCAUUCGGCCAUCAACCACACACUAAGCUCAUCAAUGCCAAAUCAUUCUCAAGAAAAAGUAUGAGCACCACUGCGUCAGAUCUAACUAUGGAAGAGAAACUUCAAUCCGUAACCCUUCGGGAUCAGCUCAGAGCAGCAUACCCGUGGACCGCCGCCCCGCUCAUCAUAGGUGCGCCGAUGCGGGUCAUGUCGGGUCCCGAGCUGGCUGUUGCCGUGUCCUCCGCCGGCGGAUUUGGCUUUAUCGGUCCGGGCGAGAAGCCGGAGAGCACAGCGGCGGAUUUGGAAACGGCAAAGGGUUUGAUCGCGUCAUCCAACAUCCCGCAGCACGGAAGCACGCUCCCGGUUGGAGUGGGCUUCCAGAUUUGGAAUGGGAACCUCGACGUCUCGGCCUUAACGGUCUCCCAGCACGGGCCGGCGGCAGUCUGGCUCUUUGCUCCUCGGAACGGGCAGACAGAUGUUGAUGUCUGGACUCAACGACUGCGCGGGGAAUCGCCAGAAACGAAGAUUUGGCUCCAGGUCGGGACGCUGCAAGAGGCGCUUGACGCCGUACGGAGCGCAUCCCCACCGGACGUUCUCGUCGUCCAGGGCGCCGAGGCCGGUGGGCAUGGCCGCACAUCCGACGGCAGCGGCUUCAUCACGCUGUUACCCGAGAUCGCCGACGCGACGCGGGGGUCGGGCAUCCCGCUCAUUGCCGCCGGUGGUGUCGCCGACGGACGGGGCGUUGUGGCGGCAUUAGGGGUCGGUGCUGCGGGCGUGGCCAUGGGCACGCGGUUCCUCGCCUCGCAGGAGGCCCGCAUCAAGAAGGGGUACCAGGACGAGGUGGUAAGGGCGACCGACGGCGGCGCAAACACUGUCAGGACCCACCUGUACAACCAUCUUCGCGGGACUUUUGGCUGGCCCGAGCAGUUCAGCCCGCGCACGAUUGUCAAUCGAAGCUGGGCCGAGAAGCAAGCCGGCGCCACGUUCGAAGACAUCAAGAAGCGCCAUGAUGAUGCCGUCAGCAAAGGGGAUUCCGCAUGGGGGCCUGAUGGGUGGACCGCAACGUAUGCGGGGGCGAACGUCGGGCUCAUCAGCAGCGUUGCCGGCGCCCAUGACAUCGUUACGGGAACCAGACGUGAAGCGGUGAAUAUUAUUCAGACUUUGAGUGGUUUGUAG